CAACACAUUAUGGCAACGCGUCCCGCCACCACAACAAACAUGUCCACCACCACCACACACCACCACAAACGCCACAAAUAAGCCAGAACACCGCCAUUAGACCAGUACAUUGGUGUCUACAUGAAUUUUGUUCCUCAAUGACCUUGGUUUGGGGAAAUAUUCAGGAGAGAGUGAGUGGUCAGUGAGUGAUGUCAGAGAGUGAGGAUGGCAGUGGCAUCCUGGGCGGCGGCGGGGCGCUGGAGAUGAACAUGGUGGCGCUGCCCAAGAUGGACGGGGCGCCCCUGGACCAGCUGGGCCUGGGCGGGCCAGGAAGUGGCCUGGCUCCGCUGGGUGCCACGCCACAGCACUACACGCCGGCGUCCUCUGCCAGUCCCCAGACGCUGCUGGAGGGUGUGAUGGCGCCGGGGUCGCGGGCGCUGGGCACGGUGAGCCCCGCUGUGACGUUCAGCGGGGCGGGGGGGGCGGGGGGAGAGCAGUACGGCAGCCUGGAGUAUGUGACGCAGAUGCCGCUGGGCGAGGCGCAGGCCAAGUUCCCCGAGGCGCUGGUCAGCGUGGACAACGUGUCCUUCGUGGACAUGAACGACGCAGCCAUCAAGGGUGCCGCCGCCUCCGGGCCCCUCGAGCUGUACUUUGAUGUCAUCAACCCCGCCGGCACUGCGCCCCCCCAGACCGCCCCCGCCCCCCCAGGCCACCAUGCUCGCCACGAGCACCAGACCCCCAAGGCACAGCUGCUGGAGCGGGCCUACACUGACCUGUUCUUGCAGCAGCAGCAGCAGCAGGAGCAGCAGGCAGCCCAGGAGCAGCAGCAGCAGCAACAGCAGCAGCAGGAAGAGGACAAUGAACCGGAGCAGAUCCUGUCAGAUGUGGGACAGGCCGGCCUGGCACAGCUGGAAGCUGACACACUGCCGCCGCCGCUGCAGGACUACCGCAAGGCUGUCAAGGUGGAGAAGAGGACCUCUGCUCCCCAGCACCCCCACCACCUGCACCACCACCACCACCACCACCUACAGCAGCAGCAGCAGCAACAGCAGCAACAGCAACAACAACAACAACAACAGCAACAACAGCAGCAUCAACAGCAUCAACAGCAGCAGCAACAGCAGCAGCAGCAGCAACAGCAGACACAGCGGCAGGUGCAGCACUCACACAGACUGCAGCAGCAGCAACAGCAGCAGCAGCAACAACAGCAACAACAGCAGCAGCAGCAGCAACAGAAAUCAUUCCAGUUCCAGCAGACACAGGUGCGGACCACUCAGGCCCUGCAGCAGGUGCAGCAGCAGCAGCAGCAGCAGCAGCUACCACAGCAGCAGCAGAAGUCAUUCCAGCAGGGAGGGGUGAGCAAGGGUGGUGAAGGUGGCGGUGGUGGUGGCAGCCAGGGGGCUGAGGUGGCGGCGGCAGGGGCGGUGGUGGUGGCAGCAGCGCAGCACUUACCGCUGGUCUCCCGCAGCGGGCGGCCCAUCCGCCGCCGGCCGGAGUACGUGGAGUACGUCAGCCAGAACCUGAAGGAGGAAGAGGAGGGGCCGGUGCCCCCAGCCCCACCCCCCCCACCCCUGGAGCUGCCAGUGAAGGUGGAGGCCAUGGCUGGCGUGGAGUUUGAGGAGGAGGAGGUGCCAGAGGAGGAGGAGGAUCCCAUGGAGGAGGACGGGGACUCUGGGGAGGAGGACCUGGAGGGGGGCGGGGGCCUGUGCUCCGGGGACGGCAAGAAGUCCCUGCCACACAAGAAGCGCAUCCCCCGCAAGCUGAAGGCCGCACGGCGCCACUCCCUCAAGAGCCACCGCUGCGCCCAGUGUGGCCAGCAGUUCUGCACGCAGCACCAGCUGGCCGCACACCGUCUCACGCACACCCCGCCCCCAACCCGCCCCAAGCCCUUCCGCUGCGAGAUCUGCAGCCGCGGCCUGGACACGCAACUCAAGUUCUUUGAGCACCUGAAGGGGCACUAUGAGCCCAACAAGAAGCACCGGUGUGAGGUGUGCGGCGGGGAGUUUGAGAGUGCCGCCGCGCUGCAGGAGCACGCCCUGGUGCACUCCAGGGAGCACUUCAAGUGCGAGCUGUGUAACAAGACCUUCCGCAAAGAGAGCAUGCUGGAGGUGCACCUCAAGGUGGCCCACGUGGAGGAGGAGGAGGCGGGCAGUGCGGCGGAGAAGCCUUACUCCUGCCUGGCGUGCCCCAAGAGUUACCGCACACAGAUGGCGCUGGACUCCCACGUGCAGGCCGAGCACUUCGAGAACCCCCCGGAGUUCAACUGCGAGGAUUGCUACCGGGUGUUCAAGUCCAAGACCAAGCUGAUGACGCACCGCAAAGCAGAGCACAAGGAGGAGGCGCCCCAGGCCAAGGGUGCGCCCCGCAAGAAGGUCAAGGUGGGCAAGAGUGUCAAGGGAGGCUAUGCCUGCACCAUGUGCACCAGAGUCUUCACCCACAAGAACUCCCUCGUCUACCACAUCAGGGGACACACCGGUGAGCGGCCCCACCAGUGUGAGCAGUGUGGGAAGUCGUUCUAUGCGGCCAGCGCCCUCAAGGUGCACCUCAGGCUGCACAGCGGGGAGAAGCCGUACAAGUGUCAGAAGUGUGAGAAGUACUUCCGCCAGUGGGGAGACCUGCGCUACCACACCGACUCUGUGCACUCGGAGAAGAGGCAGUACCAGUGUGAAUUCUGCGGCAAGGACUUUAAACGCAAGUACUGUUUGGUUGUCCACCGUCGCAUCCACACGGGAGAGAAGAAUUAUAAAUGUGAGUUUUGCGGCAAGGCGUUCCGAGCUGCGUCGUACCUGCAGAACCACAAACGCAUUCACACAGGGGAGCGCCCACACCCGUGCCCAGACUGUGGCAAGCCCUUCAGAGUGCGUUCCGACAUGAAGCGCCACAGACAGACACACAUGAGGGACGGCUCCUCCUCCAGCACCACCAUCACCCCCCCUGCACCACACACCACCCAGGCCGGCACCCCCCAGUCUCCAUCACCCACCGUCACGGCCCAGCUUGUGUCCAGCACCAUUAGUAGCCAGCCACAGCUCAUCCUGCCAGACCAGGUCGCUGUGCCUGGCAACACUGAACAACCCAUCAGAAUUAUGGUAUCCGGUCUCAACGCACAGCACGUGGCAGCCGCUGUGCACCCACCGCCCGCACACCGCCAGUCCCAGCACGUGGCAGUCCCGGUAUCAGGGAACAUUGCCACCCUGACCACGGCGCCAGUGUCCCCGGGCGGCACCACCACGCUGAGCCCUGAAGUCAUUAUCAUGGACGACAGCACACACCAGCCCAUCAACCUCAACAUUAUUCCUCGCAUGAUUGCCACGGAACAGGUCGCCUCGUCCCCACACAGCAGUCACGCGUUAGUCACUGAGGAGGAGGUGGGCGAGUACCAGCUUGCCAACCCGGGCCGCAGUACCCUGGAGGUGCGGGGAGAGGAGGGCAGCGUGUAUGUCUGGCACGGGGUCUUCACUAACUGAGACACAAGGUCGUGUUGACUUACUGGCACCACUGACCUGACCAAAAGGAGUCACCUCAGGCCUAAGAACCUUCCAGAACUUUCCAGAACCUUCCAGAAUUGAGUCUACUGUGUAAGGUUCCACUCUGGCCGCUGGUUCUGUUUGUACUUCAUUUGACUCGGCUUGAUUUGGCUUUGUGUGUGUGUGUGUGUGUGUGUGUGCGUGUGUGUGUAAAUGGCAGUUGUAUUUGUAUGUAUAUCUGACACAAAAAUGAUAGAGAUUAUUUAAGUUAGUUUUUAUACCAUUCUUUUGUGCAUAUUUCAUUUUGAUGUUAGUUUUGGCAAAGUUUUCUCAAUAUAUUUUUUUUAUUAUUAUUUAUUUUUCUCGUAUUUUAUUUUUCUUUUCUUUUUUUUUUAAUUUGUAAUGUCUAUUUUGUAUUUUGUGGCUGGAGAUGUUUUAAAAGGUCAUAUUUUUGUUAUUUUGCUUUAUUUUUUCUUAUUUUUUUUCAUUGUUUUCUUUUUUCUUUUGGUUUUCUUUAUUUUCUGUUUAUUUUCUGUUUCCUUUUCUUUUUGUGUUCUCCUUACUUUUCUUGUUUCAGAUUACUUUUUCUAUGUUCUCUUUUCUUUUCUGUUUUCCUUGUUACAGUGUUCUCUCUUCCUCUGUUUUCCUUGUUACAGUGUUCUUUCUUCCUCUGUUCCUUUUCAUUUUGUCUGGUUUAUUUUGACAUCCAUACUGGUGAAAAAACAAACAGCUUUAUUUGGAAGAGAUUAAUAACUAAUUUUAAAACCAUUCACUCGCUCCACACUCAUUACUUCCUUUAUCUUAAAAUCACGUAGAUCUAUUUAGUUACUGUCAGAGCCGUUAACCCCUAAAGGACAAGGGAUGCCGAUCAACAUCAAAGCAUCUGUCAAAAAAUAAAAGAAAAGUCUUGAAACCUCCCUCUUCAAGGAAUUCAAGUCAGGAAUUUGGAAAUACAGAAGCAGGCAGGGAGUUCCAGAGUUUACCAGAGAAAGGGAUGAAUGAUUGAGAAUACUGGCUGACGCUUGCAUUAGAGAGGUGGACAGAAUAGUGGUGAGAGAGAGAAGAAAGUGUUGUGGCAAGAUCAUCUAACCACACCAUCAACCACUACGAUGCGGGGGGGGUAGAGAAAAUGCCUGAGUAUGGGGUGUAUGGAGAAUCGCGGACAACCUGUUUUCUUUAUCCCCAAGCCAUGGCUGGGGCGAGCCAAUCGGACGCGCGGGCUGAGCCACACUCAACAUACACUAAUGACACCGCAUUUAACUCGUGAUAUCUCCGUAACCAUGCCACCUACAGACUUCCGGAUGGUGUCAUUUGAAAGACGAGGAGUUGGUUGUGGGAAGAGUAUCGUUUUGUUUCACUCGUUCAUUGUAGGUUAAGAGUAAUAAGCAUGCAAAAACUGGCUAUUUUAUGUGUUUUGAACUCAAUCUGCAGUCCUGGAAAUGACUCCCUUCCCCCUCUCUGUUCCUUUAGGGGUUAAUUAUGUCAUGUUGAAAUUUGGAGCUUGAAAACACAGCAAUAUUGACCUCAAGACUGUGAAAUAGAAUGUUGUGAGAGGUUAGGUCAAGUUAGGUGAUGUUGGGUCAGGUUAGGUCAAGGUUUGGUAUAAUGUUUGUUUCUUGUCUCCUUUUGAACAUGAAAACACUGCAAAAUUGACCUGAUUAAUUGGCCAUAGAGGUUAGGUCAGGAUUCAAUAAUGCUAGUGUCACGCCUGUUUUGAAUCAUUAUUAUUUGCUAUAUCAGGAUUUAAAUAGCAAGGUUUUUCUGUCUGUCUUUAUGCUAGGCCAGCAAUUCCACAUGGGGCAGCCCAGACCUGGCACCACAUACACACACACAAUCACACACACACAUCAUUCACACUCUUAACCCUGUCAGCCGUGCCAAGAUUGAAAAAAACUUAUCUUUUUAACCCAAUCCACUGUUUUUUUGGGGGGUUUUUAUUGGUUUUAUGUAUUUAUUUUUUUAUUUGUUUUUUUAUUUAUUCUUCUUAUUUAUAUGUAAAUCAGUUUAAAUAAGCAACUGAAAAGUAAUCUAGAGUGAACAAAAGGUUUGAAUUUAUUUAUUUAUUUAUUUUUUAUUUUUCAUGUAGGAGGGGCACCAGCCAAGAGCAAGGAAAAUAUAAUAAAAAAAAAAAAGGUCCACUGAGGUGCCAGCCCUCCAACACAGUCGAAAGUGGUAGUCAGAAAUUGCAAGAUGAGUUUCUUGAAACCUCCCUCUUGAAGGAGUUAAACUCAUAGGAAGGUAAAAAUAGAGAAGCAGGCAGGGAGUUCCAGAGUUUACCAGAGAAAGGGAUGAAUGAUUGAGAUUACUGGUUAACUCUUGCAGUAGAGAGGUGGACAGAAUAGGGAUGAGUUUUUUUUUUUUUUUUUGGUGUUUUUUUUCUUUUUAAUGCCAACCCUGGCCCCUGGUGGAAUGGGUUUGUACUACUACUUCUACUAAUCUACCUGUCUAUCUGCCAGGCCAGCUAUCACACACAGGGCAGGCCAAACAACACACACACACACACACACAUGCACAUUCUUAGCCUUGUCAGCCCCUGGUGGAAAGGGACAGUCUCGUGGACCACCGUGCUACACCCCAAGAGGUUUUCCGAGAUGUAUUAAAACUUGCAUAGGAAUCAUUCAGGAAAUAGUCUUUGAAACUAAGUCAUAGGGAAGUAUUUUGUAUGUGUUUCUGGUGAUUAUCUGAAGACCGGUGGACAAAAGCUUUAGUACAAUAACCAGUGGGAGGACCAAAGAGGCUCCAGAGAUGGUGUGUCGAGGAGAACAUGAUAACACUGUAAAUUUGUAAGUGUUUCCGUGAUUCUAAUAGAUUGGAAGGCUGUAAAGAAAGUUAUUAAGGUAUUCAAGAGUGUUUUCUUGAUUCUAAUUGUUUGGCAGUCUGUAAUGGAAAUUAAUGGGGUUUUUCAAGAGAGUUUGACAGUCUAAAGGAAGUCAUUGGGGUUUUCAAGAGUGUUUUCGUGAUUCUAAUAGUUUGGCAGUCUGUAAUGGAAGUUAUUGGGGUUUUUCAAGAGAGUUUGACAGUCUAAAGGAAGCCAUUGGGAUUUUCAAGAGUGUUUUCAAGGUUCUAUUGAUAGUGUGAAUCUUGAAUGGAAGGUAUUGACUCAGUGAACCAGAGACAGAGACACACACAGAAAGCAAAGCAAAUUCAUACACAUCAAAUUUUUAUCUCUGUACCACACUCAGGAGACACACAUGAAAAACAGAGCAAACUUGCACCUCUUUACCACACUGACUCUUCAGAGACAAAGAUACAAUUAAAACAGUCGAUCUUUUCUCAGUGGCACAGGUAGCAUUCAAGAGAGACACACAAGAAACAAACCAAAUUUUUUACCAAACCAGAGACAAAUACACAGAAAAACCCAGCAAAUCUUUAACUUUUACCACACUAGAGACAAAGAUACAACAAAAACACAGUUGAUCUUUCUCCCAGUGCCACAGCCAGCAUUAAGAAACUGACACACCUGUAAAACAAACCAAAUUUUCAACCAUACCAGAUCUUGAACUCCUUACCACUUCAGAGACAAAGAUACAACAAAAACAGUCGAUCUUUCUCACAGUGCCACGGUCGGCAUUAAGAAACCAACACACAUGAAAAAACAAACCAAAUUUUCAACCACCGCAGAUCUUGAACUUACCACUUAAGAGACCAACAAUAAAAAACACAUCAGAUCUUUCUCCCAGUGCCACAGUCAGCAUUCACAAGGGGCCUGAGAGUGCUGGAGUGCCACUACAACCCAGCACUGCCCCUCAGCACACCCCUGGCUGCAGUAACACACAUCCAAACACUGUUACCUUAAGUGCUUAUCAAUUUGUGCCUCAUGCAGUUAAUUUCUGCAGUGUAUUGUCAGAAUUCUUGGUCAUUCGUACAUAUUACCUAUUUAACCAACCAGCAUUAACCCAUGUAUUCCUGGAUCUUGUGUAUGUAAAUGUAUAGUGUAUUAUACAGGUUUUUGUGUGUAUGUGUGUGUGUGUGUGUGAUUUUUUUCUUUUGUUUAUUUAUUUAUUUAUUUAUUUAUUUUUUUGUCAUGAAAGGGAAAAGAUUAGAUGGGUUUUGGUGUUAGUGCUGUAAUGUAUAGGUAUUAUUUCAUGUGUGUGUGUGUGUGUGUGUGUGUGUGUGUGUGUGUACUUUGCUGUAUUGUGCUAAUCUUUCAAAAGCUUAGGUGGAGUUAGAAGUAAGCUUUUUACAGUGCUUUUUGUCAGCCAGGAUCUGUGUGUGUGUGUGUGUGUGUGUGUGUGUGUGUGUGUGAUCUUUAUAUACAUUCCAGCCUGUUUCAUUAGUCCAGUCUUCCCACAUGUGACUUGCUAUACAUGAAAAACGGUAUUAUUCUCAUCCCUACAGUGUCAUGAGGUGUGUGGCAGUAAUUGGGCUGGUGAGAACACAGGGGUAUGGUAACACUGCUAGACUGAUGCUCUCACUCACUCACUCUCACUCCCUGACUUGCUUAUUAAUCUAUAUAUUCACUCCUGUCUUGUUUUGAAGCAUGACAGACUAAUGUUUAUCAGUUAAAGCUAUUAAUUUAUCACUGAAUGCCAGAUUAACUAAAUGAAAACAAUGUGGUGUCUUGAAAUUGAAGGUUUUUAUAGCAUAUGUUUUUAAAUAUGGGAGGGAAUGUGUAGACCAGCCAUCAAGUGAGUGAGACUGAGUGUGAGAGAGAGAGAGAGAGAGAGAGAGAGAGAGAGAGAGAGAGAGAGAGAGAGAGAGAGAGAGAGAGAGAGAGCAUAAGUUUCGCAGUGUUACCAUGUCCCAGUUACUGCCACACACCAGAUGACACACAGCAUAGAUAAAAUACAAGAGGUGUGUGGGCUGUGUGUGGGUAUUUCGCUUGUAGAUUGUGCGGAUGUUGGUGUCGGUUGUGGAAAGCAGGUGUUGAUGUAGAAGUAGCACCGUUGAAAAUCUUGAGUGGAAAUUUUGUUGUCCAUAAAAAAUGCAAGAUUGGGAGGAUUAGAAAAUUUGAUAUAUCCGAAAAUUUGUUAUAUUUGCGUUAACUGAUGUCAAAAUAUGAUAACUGCUAGAUUUUCACACCUUAAUGAACCUUUUUAUUAAUUUUUCAUUGUUCCUUAUGUUAACUUAUGCCAGCGAUCUCUUGCAUAAAAAAACAAUAAAUAAAAAAUCAAGCUACACCCCUGCUCAAAUCACAACCGCCAGCACAACACACCUGCGGCCACACACGCCCGUUGCCUCGCGUGUGGGAAGCCUGCCUCUCCUUUCCUUUUAACGAGUCAGUCAAGGGAAUGACUCGACAAGGACAAAAUAUAGUACAAAUGUCGCGUUGGUUGUAAAUCAACAUGUUAUUGAAGACGUGGGAAUAUUAUUAUUAUUAUUAUUAUUAUUAUUAUUAUUAUUAUUAUUAUUAUUAUUAUUAUUAUUCUUUUUGGCAUUUUUUGGUGGGUAUGUUUUUCGAUUUGUCAUUUUUGCAAGUGAUAUAUUUUUUAGCUGUUUUUUUUGUUUAUUUUAUUAUUAUUAUUAUUUUUUUUUUUAUCAUUCAGUACAAGAAAAUACAUUACAACUUCUAUUUAUCAUUUAUACAAGUGUAAUAUGUAUUUUUUUAGGUAAUUUUUCAGUCUUUAUUUACAAAUUGAUAGAAGAAAGGGAAAAAACAGAACCUGGAGAUGUCAGUAUAUUGUGUUUCAGGUGUGUGGCAGUGACUGAAGCAGGUGUGGACAUGGGACCUGUAUAUACUGUCUUAUUCUGUCUACUUUCCAUUUCUACCCUCUUCUAUAUUUAUUCAUUUAUGUUUUUCUCCCCCUUUGUUAUUUUUCUCCCUUCGUAUUGUCUCCCUUUUUUUUCGUUUUCGAUUUUUUUCUUUCUCCGUCAUUUAUAUUCUCUUAUUUCACUCCUGUUCCACUUUCAUUGCCUUCCUCCUCCCAUUUCUCUUCUUCCUCUUCUUCCACCUCCUCCAGUCCUCCCAUUUUCCUUCCUUCUCUUCUCCGUCCUCUUUUUUUUCUCUUCUCUCUCUCAUCCUGUUCUCUCUUUUUCACUCUCAUUUCUCUCCUGUUGCUCUCACUCACUCACUCACUCACUCACUCACUCACUCACUCACUCACUCACUCACUCACUCACUCACUCACUCACUCACUCACUCACUCACUCACUCGCUGGUUGGCCUACACGUUCCUAUCUAGCUUUAAAAUGUGAUAAACUAUUGUAUUUAAAACUUGAAAAUAACUAAUUCUGAGACACCAGUUUUCAUUUGGUUAAUCUGGAAUAAUUCAUUGGUUUGGCUUAUGUUAGGCUUUGUUAGGGAGGGAAUGUGUUGACCAGCCAGCUAGUGAGAGAGAGAGAGAGAGAGAGAGAGAGUGUGCAUCAGUCUAGCAGUGUUACCAUGUCCUUGUGUCUCUGUGUCUAUUACUGCUACAUGCUUCCUGCCACACUGUAUUGCUAAAACCCACAGGUGUUGCAUAUGUGGACUCGCAAAGGUUAAAAGUUAUUGGAUUUAUAUAUUUUUUUGUUGUCUUAUGAGAAAAUGUGCGAGUUAUGGAUUAGAACAUUGAUGAGUUGAAAUGUUUAAUGUUUGUGUAUUUUAGAAAAGUUUUUGUUUUUAUAUUUUUUUUUUAACUCAGAAAAUGUUUUAUCAUAAUUCACAGUUGUUAUUUUUCUUUUAUUUGAUUUUUUUUCUUGAAGUUUAGUUAGUGAGCUUUGUCAUACUGUUAUUAUUCCAUCAUUCACUUAUUUAUCUUUGCAGAGGUACAGUAACAGUGGAAUAAAUAAUAUAAUACAUAAAACAGUAGAAAAAAAAAGAAAAAAACAUUUCGUCUUCCAACUAAAUAAAUAAGUAAUUCUUUAUCAAACUUUUGCACUGGAAAAGUAAAAAAAUUCAGGGUUUUGUCGUUUUUUUACAAUAUAGAGUUUGUAUUUAUUUUAUUGCAAGUGUUUGUUUGUGUGUUGUGUUUGUGUUGGAGGGAGUGUGUGUGUUUGUAGCUUUGUGUGUGUUUCUGGGAAUUACUACAAUUAUUAUUAUUAUUAUUAUUAUUAUUAUUAUUAUUAUUAUUAUUAUUAUUAUUAUUAUUAUUAUUAUUAUUGAUUUAUUACUUUUAAUGUUUUAUCUAUUUAUUUUUUUCAUUCUUUAUUUAUUUAUUAAUUUUCUUGUCUCCCCACGUGUCAUGGAAGAAGCGAGUGGUGUUUGUUACAUAAAUGAAAUGGUCAGUACAUUUAUUACAACAGGUGCAUCUAAUAACUUUAUUAUUAUUAUUAUCACCGAAGUAUAUUUUGUAUCAAAAUAAAAAUUACAUAGCAAAUUAGA